UCUGUACUGACACAUUGCUUUGUAAUUCAUUCUGUAAAAUCAUAGUUUAAAAAAUGUAGCUCCUUGUUUGGGCAUGGAUGCCUUUGCAAUACUAUGGUCCUACGCUACGCCACUCACAUACUAACAUUUCUUUAUACACUAUUUCGCUCGAGUCAUAUUUCUGUAAUUCACCGAAACAAACUCUGAGGGACGCUGUUGGUUAACGUUUUGGAUUGUGAGCACAUAAAUGAACAGUCCCUCCCUUCCUUAUGAUGUCAUGAUAUGAUCAGACAGAGAGAAAUCGUCGACGGGAAGAGCAGAAAACAGGACACGGGCGAGCAUAUGGAUAUUGGGCUCUCGACUUCUGCGUCUACAAACGCAUAAUAAUACGUCUUGCCUAGAAUAAUAGCCAUACAACUCCAAAGGAAUACCUUCAUUUCGGAUUUGUUUGUGCUUUGGUUCGUUUGCCAGAGAGAAAAUGUCGGACUCCGGCGUCGUGUGGCAAGUACUGUUGAUGUCUUUGUUCUUGCAUUCAGUGACAGGGCAGGUCAGCUAUUCUAUUCCAGAGGAGAUGUCGAAGGGAUCUACGGUUGGAAACAUAGCACAGGAUUUAGGUUUAGAUUUGAAGAGACUGAAAGCAGGCAAAGCUCGUAUUUACACCGAGGAUAGCACCCAGUACAUCGAGCUGAAUAAAGACAGAGGGCUGCUGCUUAUCCGGGAGAGGAUAGAUAGAGAGGCUUUGUGUGAGAAGAAGACACCAUGCGCUCUGCACUUUCAGAUUAUUCUGGAAAAUCCAGUGGAGUUAUAUACAGUUAAUGUCGAAAUUCAAGACCAAAACGAUAACGCACCGCAGGUUUUAUAUCCAGUGCAGACUAGUGGUUCAAUUGUAGCUGAGAUAGUGCCUCGCUCAGCUGAUAUAGGCUAUCUGGUCACUAAAGUGGUGGCUGUGGAUGUGGACUCUGGUCAGAAUGCCUGGCUCUCUUAUAAACUACAGAAAGCGACAGACAGGGCUCUGUUUGAAGUGGGCGCACAGAAUGGAGAAAUAAGAACCAUCAGACAGGUCACUGAUAAAGAUGCUGUGAAGCAAAAGCUCACUGUUGUAGUGGAGGACAACGGACAGCCCUCUCGCUCUGCUACAGUGAAUGUGAAUGUGGCUUUGGCUGACAGCUUCCCAGAAGUGCUCUCGGAAUUUAGUGAUUUUACGCACGACAAGGAGUACAACGACAACCUGACUUUUUAUCUUGUGCUGGCUCUGGCUGUAGUGUCAUUUCUCUUCAUCGUGUCCAUCAUAGCCAUACUGUCCGUGAAGUGCUACAGAUGGAGACGUGAGAGGAUGUUUUAUAAAUCAAAUGGACAGCUCCCGGUUAUUCCAUACUAUCCACCACUUUACGCAGACGUGGGAGGCACUGGUACUUUGCAGCACGUGUACAACUAUGAACAUUACAGAACAACAGACUCCAGGAAGAGUGAUAUGAAGUAUGUCAGACCUUGCGAUCAAAGCAUCCUCAGUCUGGAUAACACUGAUAUACAGACACUGCCGCAUACGCACACUGAGAAGCUGAUAGACGAUUCCGGGGAUCAGUUCACCAAAACAGACUCUGAGGGACGCUGUUGGUUAACAUUUUGGAUCGUGAGCACAAAAAUGAACAGUCCCUCCCUUCCUUAUGAUGUCAUGAUAUGA